AUGAGCGCGAGUAUCCUUCCUAAAGCCGCCCUCCCGGCGCGGCAACUCUCGCCUGCCCAGAUAUGCCGUCGUCAGCGGCUCAGGAGCUGCGCGGCUCGUUCGGUGCCGUCAGCCUCCUACUCUAUCAUCAUGUCGAAGCCGGCGUGUGCCCGCCCAUCACCUGGGCUGCGCGCCGCACCCUCAUUUACCCCUCAAAAGCCUCAGCAGGUCUAUUUCCACACGACCCGGCCACUAUUAGCAACCCCCCGGGAUCCGUACGGUGCCCUAGGCGUCAACAAGAACGCCUCCGCGGCCGAGAUUAAGAAGGCAUACUACGGUUUGGCGAAAAAGUACCACCCAGACACCAACAAGGACCCAACCGCCAAGGACAAAUUUGCCGAGAUCCAGUCCGCCUAUGAGAUUUUGUCGGAUUCCAAGAAACGCGAGCAGUUUGACCAGUUUGGCGCAGCUGGAUUCGACCCGAAUGGGCAGCCUGGUGAAGGUGGUCAUCCGUUUGGAGGCGGACACCCCUUCAGUGGGUUCGGCGGCGCGAGUGGUUUCGGCGGUGGUGGAUUUGGGGCGAACAUCAACUUCGACGAUCUCUUUUCGGCGUUUACGGGCGGGACGGGACCCUUUGGCGGGCGUGGGAAACGUGGUGGUGCCGGAGGGUUUGGAACGCAGAUCCUGCAGGGUGACAACGUGGAGGUGCGAGUGACGUUGUCGUUUGCGGAGGCGGCCAAGGGCGUCAGCAAGACCAUCACCACCAUGCCGUUGGUGACAUGCACGACGUGUAGCGGCAAUGGCCUGAAGCCAGGCACCAAGCGGUCGCAGUGCGGUGUGUGUGACGGAACGGGCACCCGUGUACACCAGAUGUCCGGGGGAUUCCAUAUGGCCAGCACCUGUUCGGCUUGCGAAGGCACCGGCUCGACAGUCCCACGCGGAGCCGAAUGCCGCUCGUGCCAUGGUGACGGAGUGGUGCGCGAACGAAAGACCGUUACCGUCGACAUCCCAGGCGGCAUCGAAGAUGGCAUGCAGCUGCGCGUCCCUGGUGCCGGCGAUGCACCGGCCACCGGCCGCGUGACCGGCAGCGUGCGUGCUACCUCCGGCGACCUUUUUGUUCACAUCAAAGUUGCACGCGAUCCGCAGUUCAGCCGUGAGGGAUCGGACAUCCUGUACACAGCCACGAUCCCGCUGACAACGGCUAUCCUUGGCGGUGACGUGGUGAUCCCGACCCUUGAUGGCGACGCCAAGGUGCGCGUCACCACAGGUACCAACACUGGCGACAAGAUGACCCUCUCCGGCAAGGGUAUGCCCAAGCUCAACGCCCGGCGCGGCCGCAUGGGUGAUCUUAAGGUCGAGUUCCGCGUCGCCUUGCCCAAGUACCUGUCAUCGAACCAGCGCGCCCUCGUUGAGAUGCUCGCGGAUGAGAUGGGCGACAAAACGGCGAAGCGGAUUAUGAACCUACACAGGAAUCCAACCGAUGAUAACGACCCUGAGGCCCACAAGAAUGAGGGUUUCCUCAAGAAUCUCUGGCACAACCUUACGAACCACCCUGCCCACCAACAGAAUCCCCAGGACGACAGCACCGCCGACAAGAAAUCCGAUGACGACAAGAACAACAAGCAAUCUGGUUCCGGCUCCGGCUCGUCUUAA